AUGGCUUCAUCACGAGGCUACGACGGCAUCCAUCGGACUCUCGGUAAUCAUGAAGAUCAAGAGAAAAAUAAAUUAUCGAAUAAUGAAGCCUACAGUGGAGAUUCAUAUAGCUCGACUGUCCAAGGAUUGACAACCACCACAAAACUAAGAACGAUGCUCGAGUUAGCAGCACAAAAGCAUGCCUUCUCUGAGCGUAAACGUAGAAAACGAAUCAACAACCAUUACGACUCACUUCGACAGUUCUUCCCUAGACUACUCAAGACUGAUAAGGCUUCGGUGCUAACAGAGACUGUGCGUCGUUUAAAAGAGCUGAAAAACAUGGUUGUCGACGUGUCCCAAUCGCAUGACGACGGAGGACGGUGUUCCGGAAACGGAUCACAACGAUCAUUUUUUAUACCCGACGAGAACGAUGAAAUGACUGUCAGAUAUUGUGGUAGUGGCAAUAAUAAAACCGUCCGAGUAAUAAUUUGUUGCGAAGACAGGCCAGGUCUGAUUCAGGAUAUGACGGAGACGAUUCAAUCAGUUCAUGGGAAGGCGGUGAAGGCCGAGAUGGCAACAGUCGGUGGGCGAACAAAGGCAGAGGUGGUGGUGGAGUGGCCGGAAUGUGGCGGCGGAGGGGAGGAUGAUGUUGAAUCGUUGAAGAGGGCGUUGAAGGCGGUGGUGGAGAAUCGGGUAUUGGGUCAAAGUCGGUUAAUGGGUAAUGGGUGUACUGAACCCGAAUUGAUUGGGUUGGGUCGGGGGCCCAAAGUAUACGAUCAAAGGGAAAAUAGGCUUGCUGAUGGAUUAAUCAUCAGAAGUUAA